AUGGCUCGCAUUCAGAUUCCUCUCGACGCCUUGACGUCGCGUCUCAACAUUGGCGACCGGUUCGAUGGCUUCCGCAACACCUCCCUGUCCAGCAGAUUCUCGAACCUCCGCCCUGUCGGCGAGUUCCUCGACUUCAAGCGUCUGUCCAAGCCUGCCAACUUCUCUGAGAUGCAGUCGCGAGUCAACUACAACCUGGGCCAAUUCUCCAGCAACUACAUGGUUGUCUUCUUUGUUCUCAGCAUCUACGCCCUGGUCACGAGCCCGCUCCUGUUGUUCGACAUCGUCCUGCUCUUUGCUGGUCUGUGGAUUCUUGGGCGUCUGAAUGGUCAGGAUCUUGUCAUCGGAACCUUCCGUGCUACUUCCUCGCAGCUCUACACCGGUCUGUUUGUCACUGUUGCCAUCCUUGGUCUCAUUGCCCCGACUUUCAGCACGGUUCUUUGGUUGCUUGGUGCUAGCGGUGUUGUCAUUAUUGGACACGCCGCACUUAUGGACAAGCCUAUCGAUGAGGCUUUUUCUGGGGAGGCGUGGGGAAGACCAUCGAGGCGUGAGCGGAGAAAUUGGACGCCUCAAGAGGGGGUACACGAGUAUUGGGUUUCGGGGCAAAGAGUGGUGGAGGAGGUGGACAGUGAUGAUACGGAUACACAAGGCGCCGACCUGGCGCGAUCUGGCAACAGACGGUUUGCCAGUGAUCCCUUACGAUUUACCGGGGUCGAUUUGGGUAGAGACGGACGACAACGGAGAGUAUAUGCACACAGUGAAGGGGACGAGUCUACGGAGGAGGAUACAGAGGCGAGCUCUGACCAAGACAGCGAGGUCGACGAUCCCGCUACGUUGGAGCUGGAUAAUGCUCUGGUGCAAUCAGCCCUUUCUAGAAUACGGAGGGCUCAGGAGAAGGGCAAGCAAGACGUCAAGUUGAGCAAAGAAGAACUUAGGGCACUCGAGCGCAGACGAAAGCGACUUGAACAGGAAGCAAAAGCUAGACAACGACAAACUUCUGGCGGAAGCGACAAGCGGCGGAGAAAAGAACCACGAAUUGCUGUUCCGCUUUCACAAUUCGAUGCGCCACCUUCACAUAACACGAGAUCGAGCGCCGCAAGAUCAGAUGACACUCUUCCACGACACCCAUCUCCAGCUACAGCAAACAGUAAUCAAGGACGCGCCCCGCCAAUGGGGCUUUUCCCUCCCUCGAAUGGCCCGCGGACACGACCUCGAUCUGCAACUUCAUCUUCACAUCGUCAGUCUGGGAAUUCAUCGCCGUUUGAGUACAAUUAUGUCAAUACGCCUCCGACUCAACGGCAGGUGUCAGGGUCAUCUACGCGAUCAUCGUCAUCUCACCUUCCGUACCCAGAUGACGUUGAAUGGCGCCCUGCUUCAUCUUCUUCUCGCGAAUCUAGAGAUGUCCGAGAUCCAUUUGCCUACCAGACAUCCGGACCGCGCGCACCACCUAUUCCGUCUGGCGCUGCAGCCGCCAGACAAUUCUGGAUGGGUUCUCAAGGCGCAUAUGGUCACGGGCCUCGCGGACCUGUUCCAGUUGCAACUCGAGGCACACCUGGUAGCGAGACUAGUUCAGGGGGUGACGGCGAUACGACAAGCGACGAUCUCGGCAAUGGUGCGCAUAUCACCAGGUCUCGUACCAGGACUCCAGAUGCUGCCAUAGUCGUUGAGGAAGCAUCGCCAUCUCCAGAACGCGAGAGACAAAAAAGCAAGCGAUCUUCUCCUACCAAGCGGAAACCUGUUGGUGGCAGCGGAGGCGGAAGAAGACGGAAAAAGAACUGA